CCGUUGGUUCGCUUGUGUCCACAAUCUAGGAAAACAAACCUCUCAGAAUCACUUGUCAAUUUCCACUUGAAAUCUCUCUCUUCCGUGGUUUUCUACUUUUACAAUCUUUUCUUUCCUUUCGAUUUCGAUUUCUCUAUCUGUACUUGAGAUCUGGGUUGUUGUAAAAUUCAGAUCUUGUCGAGAGCUGAUUAAUGGCCGGAUCACAAGGGAGGAAUUCGGGGGGAGGGAAUAAGCAAGCUCCGACUAGACUGCAACGGCGAGCUCCGGCAUCAAUACAGGUUAACCCACCUUCGAAUCAGGUAUCGGAUUGGAAAGUCGCUAUCCCUCUUCUAUCGCCUUUGGUAUUGUCGCCAGCGUCGCCCAAUCCUAAGCUUUCCGAUCGAACGGCUGACGUCAAGUCAAGGGAGGAAUCGUCACGCCAGGGAUUUCAAUUGGCAGAAUCGGAGAAGCCCAGUUUCAAAUCCUGGCAGCACCCAGCGGCUCCGUUCCAUUACGACCCUCCACCUCCGUUCUCGUCUUCGUUUGUCUCAAGGUGUAGAUAGAGAGAGAGAGAAAUACUCAGAACAUGAAACUGAAGAGGAUUUAUGUUCUAUUUUAUAUGAAUGAUAUUUACAUCAAUUGGAUAUACCCAAUUGAACAAUAUAAAUGGAUAUCCCAAUUUCAUACGCA